AUGAGUAAUAUUGAUACAAGUAACAUACCUUUCGAUUCACUGAUCAUCGAGACAUUAGGAGAGAAGGAAAACAUGGCCUGCAAGAUGGUGAACAACCUUCUUCAUUCAGAGGAUGAAGAACAAAUAUUAACUGGAUUGGACAAAAUUAUGGACAAUGCCAGACUCCAAGAGAUCAUUUAUAAAGUAAAACCAACUUAUUACCUCUUUUUGCUUGAUAAAGAAUUUGAACACCAAGACGAUGUCCAUGACACCGUAGUUGAAAUUUUGCGAUCGAUGGACAGAGAGUACUCCGACUAUAUUGAACGCCUUCUCCAAUACGAUGAAUACGCCACUAAAAUACUUGCCCGUUUUCUAGAGAACGUCGAGACGACCGAGUACAACAAAAAGUCGAUAUUGUUUACAGUCAAAAACAUGACCAAACACAAACAAUACGCUGCAACGUGGUAUACUUUAAUGCCAAGUGUGAUGAUGGAGUAUUCUCCCAACUCGGAGAAUAGACAAAUUGCUGCUUAUAUCUUAGACCAAAUGGUCGGGCUUGGUCAACCGGCACAAGUCAAUUUCAUUAAGAACAAUGGCUUAGUUCGCAUCUCAAACAUUUUUGAGACGAACGAGACAGAGAACAUUAACACGGGCAUAGUCUUACUUAUGAAAACGUUUCUCUUGCGGGACAAGAGUGUCUUAAAAGUCUUCAAUCAGUACCUCCAAAAGACAGACAUCUUCGGUCGACUUGCCAAUUUCCUUGAUGUUCUUCAAAAGGACGAUUUACUUACUUUAGUCAAGCUCUUAAGUAUCCUGAUUAUGAGUGGGGAGAACACUGAAGUCUAUGUUGAGAGUGGGAUUAUGUUGUACUUAAUUUCCCUCAUAGAAUUUCCAUUUAAAAACGGAGUCAAUGGAGACACGGUGUCCAUUGCAUUCCAAAUUAUUCAAUACGUCUUUUAUAACCCAAACACAAAGAAUAAGACAAACGAGUACGGGUUUACGAGUAAAUUGGUUCAAGCUAUUAGAAACUAUAAGAGUCUCUCGAGCGCUUCACUUGAUGUUGUCUUGAACACGGUGAUGAACAUGAUGAAUGAGCCAGAAUUGCGAGACCAAUUUGUCUUCUUCAAAUGCAGAGAUGAGGUUGAGAGAGUCUUUGCCAACUUCACGGACAAGCAAAAGGCGAUGGCAAAGACGAUCCUUGCGAACAUUGAAGUCGUCGAACGAACAAUACAGAAGGUCCAAGUCACUGAUGAAAAAGCCCAAACGGAUAUGCAGAAAGUGUUAGGGUCUAUUAAAUAUGCUGAAGAAAAGAGGGCACAAAGUCAGAAGGACAGUGACGACGUGAUAUCGCCGACAAAAACGCCUGAUAUUCCUCGCACGAAACAUGAGCCUUUUGUUGUGAAUUUGAACCCAACGAGUCAAAAGGAGAUUCCUCCAAAGGCGGAGAGUCCACAACCCAAAUUCCAAGCCGCUAAGAAGAGAGACUCGAUCAACGGAAGAAAGACCUUUCUGGCUGAAAGGAAGUCAUUUAGACUCUCAAAGGGCCACGACGUCACUCUUGAACUGCAGAACCUCCCGGAGUUUUCUCAAAUUGCUUCGACGACGUCGAAGAUCACAGUGGACGACGCAAAGGUUAUAGCGGAGUUGAAUAUGAAGAAAGAAAAGAGGAAGUUAAUUAUACAGGAGAUGUACACAACAGAGAAGACGUACGUCACACAAAUGGAAAAGUUUGUGAGUUCGGUGUUGCCCACGUUACUCAGUUUAAUGCCGCCCGCCGCACAAAUGGUUGGGAAUUAUAAAAACAUUUUUGAUCUUCAUAAAAUGUUUUUUGAGAAACUCGAGAAGCGCUUUUUGGCACAAAAGACGGACCCGUUGAUUGUUGUGUCGGACCUCUUCAUGGAACUUUUUGAAAAGAAAGAACUUGGGGACGAAUAUCUGAAGUACUUGAGUAACUCGGAAGGUGCGUUGAAGUACAACUUUUCGGCGUAUUCGCCACAAAUGAAACAACAAGUCAUGAAGUGGGGACAGAGCUGCAUCAUCUUACCGAACUUCUUGAUUCUGCCAGUGCAACGUCUUCCGCGGUAUAUCUUGUUGUUGGAGACGUUGAUCAAACACACGCCAGAAGUAGCUCAAGAGGAGUAUGGAGCACUGAAAGAUGUUUACGCCCUCGGGAAGAAAGUGACGAUGCAAAUCGACUCGGAGAAGAAGAAGAUCGUGAAGAAACAAACGCUUGACAACUAUGAGAAGAGCACCACAAAUUAUCAGCCAAAUGCGGGAAGGUCUUUCAUACGUGAUGGUGUUAUGAGUGUCAAAGGAAAGUCGAAAAUGGCGGGGACUGUUGUCUUGAUGAGCGACGUCUUACUUGUCUUGUCAAAGAAGAAAAACACUUUUGUUAUCAAAUAUUCAAUCGAUUUGAAUGCCAUAAAAAUUGUACCAAACGACUCCAACUCGUCACUCAGAACUAUUCAAUUACUACCAGAAAAAGGUAAAGAAGGUCAGUUGACAAUGUUCUUCCCAGUUGAUGUAGAUUUCGAUGGGUGGUUAGCAGACUUACGCAACACUAAAAAAUGA